GCACCGCUGUCACUGUUUUUGAGAUAUAUUUUUUUGAAUCACGUGCAUAUACAUUAAAUAUACCACCUUUGUUUUUCCUUUUUCCUCCCUCUAACUACAAUUACAAUCAAAAUGAGUGGCUUCAUCCAUUCUGUUAAAGUCCCCACGCAGUACAAACGCGUUGCGGCUGUUUUGAAAAAGUCCCUAGAUAGCAAUAAAUCUUUGAAAACAUUAAUUUUCGAGGAGAAACAUGCACGUACUGGAGGAAUGCAAGCUGUGCUAAAACUCUACAUCGACAACCGCGCCGAAAUCGAUCACGCCAUUGAACAGACAAAAAUCCUCGAGGAAAAUCCGCGUCUGGGUAAAGAAUUGUGUAUUAUCCUUGUGACCGAGUUGCUUUUGGGAAGGAAAGAAAUCAAAGGCGAAAGCAAACCCGUGACCACAGUUCGUGAAUAUAAAGAGAAACUUCUGGCCGCAUUGGGUGGAGAGCAGGGCGUACAGAACAAAACGAAAAAAGAAAUAUCCAAACCGAGAUAUGUUCGGGUCAAUACAAAUGUUUUGUCCAUGGAUAAGGCAUUCCAAAUGCUUGAAGAAGAAGAAUGGAUUCGAAAUGAUGCGAAAUUUGAGACGUAUCCAGAGUAUUUGGAAGCCAUUUGUGCCCUAAAGGAGAAUGAGUACUUGGUUGAUAUGCAUGUAGAUAACUUGCUGGUCUUCCAUCCAUCGAAGAAGCGUUACUGGGCGUGUCAUAAUUACGUUUAUGAGAAGAAAUUCUUGUUGCAAGAUAAGGGAACUUGUCUUGUAGCCGAAAUCUUAAGACCCCCUCCUGGUUCAACUGUCUUGGACAUGUGUGCUGCUCCUGGAAUGAAAACAAUACAUCUCUCUAAUGUCAUGCAGAAUAAUGGUAAAAUCUAUUCCGUCGAGCAGAGCUCUGAAAGAUAUCGAACUUUAUGUGAAAUGGUUGAAGCGGCUAAAGCUACAAUUGUUGAGCCCAUCAAUGCCGAUGCCCUAAGACUGGAUGGUUCCGCAUAUGAUGCAGUUGAAUAUAUUUUAAUAGAUCCUUCUUGUUCAGGAUCUGGAAUGCAGAAUCGUUUAUCUUUCGGUUCGAACGAAAAAGAUCCAGCUAGAUUGAAUAAACUGGCUGGUUUGCAAAUUAAAAUGCUAUCGCAUGCAAUGACUGCAUUUCCAAAUGUUAAACGUGUUGCUUAUUCAACUUGCUCGAUUUAUGAAGAAGAAAACGAAGAGGUCGUACAACGUUGUCUGCAAUUGUGUCCUCAAUUUAAAUUGCUUAGUGGAAAGAAAGCAUUGCGAAACAAAUGGAUUGGAGUGGGAAAUCCAGAAUUCAAAAAUAUCGGAAAAUACUGUAUUUAUUCGAGACCGAAAGAAGACUAUACAGAUGGUAUAUUCAUGGCAUUUUUUGAGAGACGACGAGAUGAAGAUCAGGAGUAACUGAUUCAGUUUAAAAAGUGUUUAAUAUUUAGUUUUCUCUUAUUUUAUACAUUUUUUUACGAUGACGAAUAUUUUUUUUUUGUUUAAGAGUUAUGAAAAUAAAAUUAAGUGAAAUGAAA